ACAUAUGUUCGAAUUUUAGAUGAGUUUUAGGAGUCUCGUAGAAUGCAGUGCGCGGAGGUUUCGGUUAUCAUUAAUCCUAAACUUGCUCUCCAAUUUUAAUAGUUUAAUAAUUUCUCUGCUUCGUUAAACCUUUCACAGAAUUUCUAAACGAUCGUCGAAAUUGUUACUUUGGAAAUAGAUCACCGUUCGAAGAAGAAGAGAUCGAAGAAUACAAAAUGCCGACGCGCGAGGAGCUGGAAACGAUGUCGUCCAUUACGAGACUCGGCGACAAGCUGUCGGUGGCUAUGACCACCGCGGCGGAAGUGGUUUUCGUGGUAGCCCUGAGCAUGUACAUCACCCUGUACAGACCCGACAUCGCCGACAUCGACCACAGAGUGAAGCCUGUGAUACCAUCGAACAUUAACAACAGCUACGAUUUUGUCAUAAUCGGUGCUGGUUCCGCUGGCGCGGUGAUGGCCCAUCGUUUGUCGGAAGUUGGUUGCUGGUCGGUGCUUCUGUUGGAAGCUGGACCGGACGAGCCAGAAAUAUCGGACGUACCUGCCGUGUACCCGACUCUGCAAGGCUCGGUUUGGGACUGGCAAUUUAAGACAGAACCUUCCGACAAAUAUUGCCAGGAGAGAGACAACCAACAGUGCGCAUGGCCACGUGGAAAGGCUCUCGGUGGAAGUAGUACGAUAAACGGGAUGCUGUACAUUCGUGGCAACAAGGAAGAUUACGACAACUGGGAGAGAUUGGGAAAUCCUGGAUGGGGUUACAAGCGUGUAUUGCCCUACUUCAAAAAGUCCGAAGAUAUGAGGAUCAAGGAAUACGAAUCGUCGGAGUACCACGGAACCGGUGGAUACCUGAGCGUAGAAUUCUUCAGAUAUCGUUCCCCUAUAACUACUUUGUGGAUGAAAGCAGGUCAAGAGAUGGGUUACGAAAUCUUGGAUGUGAACGGGCCCAGGCAAACCGGAUUUACGUUCUCGCACGGCACUGUGAGGGAUGGUUUGCGUUGCAGCACCGCGAAGGGUUUCCUUCGAUCGGCCAGGGACAGAAAGAAUCUGGACAUCAGCACACACACUUUCGUGGAAAAGAUUUUGGUGCGCAAAGAAGGAGGUGUGAAGACUGCGUAUGGCGUACAAUUUACCGUAGGGGGUGAACGCCACGAGGUGAAAGCCACUCGCGAGGUUAUUCUAUCUGCUGGCGCGUUGCAAUCGCCGCAAAUGUUGAUGGUGUCAGGAAUCGGUCCCAAGAAACAUUUGGAGGAAAUGGGGAUCCCGGUGGUGCACGAUUCCCCUGGCGUGGGUCAGAAUCUUCAGGAUCACGGGGCUAUCGGCGGUGUAGAUUACUACGUGGAUAAACCGGAAGACUACAAAGGCUCGGAACCUUUCACAUACCUUUUCCCGGAAAUUCUCACUAUUAAGACUAUUAUGGAAUUCGCGAAAAAUCACAGCGGACCCAUGUACACAGAACCCUUGGGCGAGGGUAUGGCUUUCAUCCCUACCAAAUACGCCAACGCGUCGGAAGAUUUCCCUGAUAUACAGUUCAUAAUGACUUCUGCGGUGGACAAUUCGAACGGUAAUCCCAAGGUAUACUCGGACGCGUUCACGACUAUUCCACUCCUGCUGAGACCUCGAAGCACAGGGUACAUCAAACUGCGUACACCGAACCCGAAAGACCACCCAGUCAUCGUUCCCAAUUAUUUCAAGGAACAAUACGAUAUGGACGUCUUGAUCGACGGAGCGAGGGUCGCCCACGAGUUGACCAAGACCCCAACGAUGAGGAAAUUGAACGCCAGACCGAGAUGCGAUAUAAAAUGCUCCCAAUACGGAUGCUUGUCGGAUAAAUAUUGGGAAUGUUUGGCUAGAUCUUACACGAUGACGAUUUAUCAUCAAUGCGGGACGUGCAAAAUGGGACCCAAGAAAGACCACAUGGCUGUCGUCGAUGCUAGAUUGAGGCUUCACGGUGUUGCUAAACUAAGAGUGGUCGACGCUUCCGUUAUGCCAAAAAUCACUUCCGGGAACACGAACGCGCCAACGAUCAUGAUCGCUGAAAAGGCUUCCGACAUGAUCAAAGAAGAUUGGAAAAGGCUAUAAAAGAUCGAAGUCUCUCUGGUUCUCGAAAGUAUUCGAACGAGUUACGUUCUGUUAACCUCUUCCCGGUGCCAUUUAUUUAGCUGGAUGAAAUGACCCAAACGAUAGGCGUCAACGCGCGGUAAACAGACCAGACUGAUGCUAACACUGUUUUAACAGAGAUUAUAAGAAUCGUGACCGACUCUUGCGGCGUACCGAUAGGAACUAAAACUCAAUCACGAUCGUGAUCUACUGUCCGGUAGCCUGGCUCGUGAUGUUUACGUUUGGGACGACUUUCCGUUCGCGAGUCUGACUUGUGACAUUCGUGUUUGGGUCAAAACCUUCGUCACGAGGCAGACUCGUUAAAGUACGGGAGGGGGUUAACUGAAAUAACGAAAACGUUUACGAUAACGAAGAAUCAUAACAACGACGGUGUCAACGAUAACCUCAAGAAUUCUGAUCAAUGUCAAAACUUUUUACACGAGAAAUAACAAUGCCUAUGAUUUUUUGUUAUUCGAGCUGUUGGAGUUUGUCGCGAGUAUAUAGAACUUUAUUGUAAUGAAGUAAUACGAUGAAAAAUUUGUAAGCUUUGUGUGGUAAAUGACCAUUGUGUAAGGGGAUGUAAAGUUUCAUGGUAAUAAAAAUGAAUUAAUUGAAUGAUA